CCGCUCUGCAGUAGGAGUAGGAAAUUUUGGAAGACCCAUAUCCAUAGUUUUUCCCUGAGGACUUUUCUUUCUAGUCGUUCCAACUUCCAGCUCUCUCUUUAAAGAUUGCUUGUCCUAAAUGUUACAUCAAACAGCUAGCAACAAAGUAGUUGCACGCAGUUGGCCCGAAGACCAACUUGUACAUAAAUGUUACCAUUCCAUGCCAUCAAUGUUACCCCAAAAAUACUUGUGAGGAUGAUAUCUCCAGUACUUAUCUUCAUCAUCUUUUCUCUCCUCCUAAUUUCAUCCUCCCAUGCUGCUGUGCAAGACUUCUGUGUCGCUGACUUCACAGCUCCUGAAAGCCCUGCAGGCUACGCUUGCAAGAAGCCUGCAGACGUGACGGUGGAUGAUUUUAUUUUCUCUGGCUUCCGCGUUCCAGGCAACACCUCUAACUUCAUUAAAACUGGGGUGAUCCCAGCAUUUGCCACACAGUUUCCUGGUGUAAACGGCCUUGGGAUUUCUAUGAUUCGUGCGGACGUUGAGGUUGGGGGAGUUGUGCCAUUACACACACAUCCUGGAGGCUCAGAAGUCCUUCAUGUUGUGAAAGGAAAAAUGUUGGCUGGGUUCAUUUCCACGGACAAUAAAGUUUACAUCAAGACUCUUGAGAAGGGUGAUAUUAUGGUUUUCCCUCAAGGAUUACUGCACUUCUCACUUAAUGCCGGACGUUCUCCAGUUCUUUUAUUUGUUAGCUUCAGUAGUGCAAACCCAGGUUUCCAGCUUGUGCCCAACGCUUUGUUUCAAACCGACUUACCCACCGAAGUGAUAGCGGCAACUACUUUCCUCGACACUGCUCAGAUUAAGAAGCUUAAAGCCAUUCUUGGUGGAACUGGUUAAGUUCUAUGUCGUGUCGGUCAUGUAGUGUCUAGUAAACAAUAAGUGUCGUGUUGUACGUGAUAAUUAAGGUAAAUGUUCGUUGUGUUCUA